UGCGCGCCGUUCAAACCCUAAUGUAUCAACCAUCAAUAACGAAGUCGUUUGCCAGAAAGGAGGGGAAAAAUAAAGAAAGGCAUCGUCUUCGUCUUGUACCUCUUCCAUCAACGGAACUUUGAGUCCCUUCAUUAUAUCGUGAGUCAGUUCUCUGAAAGCUUCCUUCAAAGAUGCAGCAUGACGAAGUCAUAUGGCAAGUUAUCAGGCACAACCACUGCAGUUUCAUGGCCAAAAUCACGACGGGUAAUUUCUGUAGAAACCCGUAUAACGUGACUGGGAUUUGCAACCGAAGCUCGUGCCCUUUGGCCAAUAGUCGCUAUGCCACCAUUCGAGAUGAGAAUGGAGUAUUCUACCUUUACAUGAAAACUAUAGAAAGAGCUCACAUGCCGAACAAACUGUGGGAAAGAGUGAAGCUUCCAAGGAAUUAUGAAAAGGCACUUGAAAUCAUUGACAAACAUCUGUUGUAUUGGCCUAAAUUUCUUGUACACAAAACAAAGCAGCGAUUGACCAAAAUGACCCAGAUGCGGAUACGCAUGAGGAAACUUAGUUUGAAGACGAGGGAAAAAAUAAUGACAACCCCAAGGAAAGAAAAAAAGAGGGAAGCUAGAAGAGAAGAGAAGGCUGAAAAGGCAGCAUUGUUAGACAAGGCUAUUGAAAGUGAGCUUUUGGAACGCCUCCAUAAAGGAGUUUAUGGACCUGGUGACAUCGUCAAUUAUCCUCUAAAAGAGUACAAUAAUGUUCUUGAUAUGGAGAAGCUUCAACCAGCUGAAGAGGAAGAUGAAGAAGAACCUGAGGUUGAAUAUGUAGAAGGUUAUGAUGAAUUUGAAGAGGUAGAUGAUAUGGAGGAUUUUUCUGGCUUUGGGACUCAUGAGGCUCCAGAUGAUUAUGAUGAUGAUGACGAAAAUGCUGGAACUGACGAUGAAGAAGAAGCAAAUGUUGUUGCUCACAAGAAGUUGACGAAGAAUAAAAGACCUGUGAAAAGUGUAUUUGACAAAAAAUCAAAGAAAGCGAGGGUCCUUGUUGAGGUUGAGGGUGAAGAUGCGGAUGAAAGACAAAGGGCUGUUCAAUAGUUGCCAUUCCAUCUUAAAGAUUCACUAUUUGCUUUGUGGGCUGAGAGAAAACUGAAUUUAGUGGAAUAGGCACUGUGAUGGUUGAGUCUUUGACCCACAGGAAAAUUUUGAUUCUAGAAAUUGCGUUUGAUAUCAAAAUAAUUUUUCUUCA